AUGGGAGGCAAAAAGAAAUCUCCCAAGCCAUUGACGACCGAGAAGUCAGAAGAAAAGGUGACAUUGUUAGCUGCUGAAUCCAGCCAAAAGAAAUGGCGAAACUGGUGGGUCAGAACAAUCACCACAUUCAUGAUGAUUGGCACCUUUUUCCUUAUUCUCGCUUCGGGCCAUAUUUGGGUUAUUAUGAUGGUCAUUGCUAUAUCAACAGUUGUAUAUAAUGAAGUGCUGCAAAUAGCCCAGGCUCCAGCAAAGGAUAGCAAUUUCAGAUGGUUCAAAACUAUGAGCUGGUACUUUUUAGUAACUACAACCUACUUUCUUUACGGCGAAUCCAUCAUCUAUUACUUUCAGCAAAUUAUUCUGGUUGAUAGAGUACUCUUACCAUUCGCUACUCACCAUCGAUUUAUCAGCUUUGUUCUCUACAUGAUUGGAUUUGUGUUUUUUGUCACUAAUUUGAAGAAGGGUCAGUACAAACAGCAGUUCCGUCAAUUUGGCUGGAUGCAUAUGGCCUUGUUGCUUGUCGUCUUCCAGAGCCAUUUCAUUGUCAACAACAUUUUGGAGGGUUUGAUUUGGUUCUUUAUUCCUACUUCACUCGUGAUUUGCAAUGAUAUCUUUGCCUACAUUUGCGGAUUCUUCUGGGGUAGAACUCCUCUUAUCACAGUAUCACCAAAGAAGACAGUGGAGGGCUUUGUCGGCGGCUGGAUCUGCACAAUGAUUUUCGGCAUGUUGUGGUCUACUUUGUUGAUGAGAUUCAACUACAUGAUUUGCCCCGUAAAGGAUUUGUCCAUGUCUGCCUGGUCUGAAAUUGAUUGUAGCCCUGUUAACCCUGUAUUCACUGCUGUUCCUUGGGCUUUACCUGCUCUGUGGACUACCAUCAUCAAGACUUUGAUCCACAAGGAGGUGACGAAGGUGUGGAUUGCACCUGUUCAGCUUCAUUCUCUCGUGAUGGCAUGUUUUGCCUCAUUAAUUGCGCCAUUUGGUGGCUUCUUUGCUAGUGGUGUUAAGCGUGCAUUCAACGUUAAAGACUUCGGUCAAAGUAUUCCUGGACACGGUGGUUUGACUGAUAGAUUUGAUUGCCAAUUCUUGAUGGGUGUAUUUUCCUCCAUCUAUUACCAGAGUUUCAUCAAGACAUACAAUUUGAACAUUGGCACUAUCCUUGCAUCUGUCAUCAACAACUUGUCAUUGCCAGAUCAAUUGGAAUUAUUGGAACGCAUCUUGACAUAUUUCGUAAAUCAAGGCAUCCUUGAUCCCACCGUGUUGCAGAAAUGUGGAGCCAGCGCAUUGACUGAGAGUGCUCGUCAAAUCUUGGAGAGUAGCAUUAGUUCUUCAUUGUAA